AUGCUGCCCUCUUGGACCAUCGGCCUUCUCCUGCUGGCCACAGUCAGAGGAAAGGAGAUCUGCUAUAAACCUUUUGGCUGCUUUUCCGAUGAAAAACCAUGGACCAGGAUCCUUCAGCGGCCUUUAAAGUUAUUUCCCUGGUCUCCCAAGGACAUUGACGCCCACUUUCUUCUGUAUACAAAUGAGAAUCCAAAUAACUACCAAAGGAUCAAUGUCACUGACCUAGCCACCAUCGAGGCUUCCAACUUCCAACUGGACCGCAAGACACGUUUCAUCAUCCACGGCUUCCUAGACAACGGGGAGGAGAACUGGAUAAUUGACCUGUGCAAGAAAAUGAUUAAAGUGGAGAAGGUGAACUGCGUGUGUGUUGACUGGAAGCGCGGGGCCCGGACGAGAUACACCCAAGCCGUCCACAACACGCGGGUCGUGGGAGCCGAGAUCGCUUUCUUAAUACAAGGGCUUUCGACACACCUGGGCUAUGACCCCGAGAACGUGCACCUCAUCGGCCACAGCCUGGGCGCACACACGGCCGCUGAGGCGGGCAGGAGGCUGGGGGGCCGCGUGGGCAGGAUCACAGGGCUGGACCCGGCACAGCCAGGCUUCCAGGGCACGCCAGAGGAGGUUCGGCUGGACCCGUCCGAUGCCAUGUUUGUGGAUGUGAUUCACACGGAUUCUGCUCCCAUAAUCCCUUUCCUGGGUUUUGGAAUGAGCCAAAAGGUGGGCCACCUGGAUUUCUACCCAAAUGGAGGAAAGGAAAUGCCUGGAUGUCAGAAAAGUGCCCUGUCAACCAUCACUGAUAUAAAUGCAAUAUGGGAAGGAACCCGAGACUUUGUGGCUUGCAAUCACCUAAGAAGCUACAAGUAUUACUCAAGCAGUAUCCUCAGCCCCGAUGGCUUCCUAGGCUACCCUUGUGCAUCCUACAAUGAGUUUCAGGAGAGCGGCUGUUUCCCUUGUCCUGCUGAAGGAUGCCCCAAAAUGGGGCACUAUGCUGACCAAUUUCAGGGGAAAACCAGGGCUGUGGGACAAACCUUUUUCCUGAACACAGGAAGCAGUGGUAACUUUACUCGUUGGAGAUAUAGGGUAUCUGUCACACUGGCUGGAAAAAAGAAAGUGAGUGGGCACAUCAAGAUUGCUUUGUAUGGAAGUAAUGGAAACUCAAAACAAUAUGAAAUUUUCAAAGGAUCCCUCCAACCAGAUGCAAGUCAUAUGCAUGACAUUGAUGUGGACCUCAAUGUAGGAAAAGUCCAGAAGGUCAAGUUCCUCUGGAACAACAAUGUGAUAAAUCUCUUCCAGGCCAAACUGGGGGCUUCCCGAAUUACAGUGCAAAGUGGUGAAGACAGGGCUGAGUAUAAUUUUUGCAGCAGCGACAUGGUGCAAGAAGACGUUUUACAAACUCUGUACCCUUGUUUAAAAUGUGGUGGCCUCAGAAGACCUAAAUAG